GCGUUAACAAUAAAAUUUUCGUUCUAAGGGAGUGUUGUUUCCUUGUAACCACGCCAUCUGGAGUAAAUGGGCGCCCAGCAUGGAACGAACUACUUUGGUUACCAUUGCAGUCACAGGCUGCACAAUUGGAAGUAUAGUAACAAUGCCAAUUUCAGGUUUGUUGACAAGAUAUGACUUUGAUGGAGGCUGGCCAGCGGUGUUCUACUCAUUUGGAGUGUUUGGUAUUCUGUGGUACGUGGCGUGGUACGUAUUGGCGUUUGAGUCGCCAUCUGCUCAUCCAACUAUAACAGAAUAUGAACGAUCUUAUAUCGAGCUGAGUGCUGUUAAUAUGGAUGAGGUAACGAAGGGCACAGUCCCAUGGAGGUCCAUCAUCACCUCAGGACCUGUUUGGGGCAUCAUUGUGGCUGCGUUUGCCUCCGACUGGGGCCUAUACGUGCUACUUAUUUGUGUUCCAUUAUUUUUAAUGGAUAUCCUACACUACGAAGUUGCAGCGAUGGGAUUUGCAGCGGCUGCUCCGUUUGUGUUCAAGUCUCUGUCCUGUCCCAUUGCGGGUGUCACCGCUGACCUUCUUAGACGAAAUUUUCUUUCCACUAAAACAGUGAGACGCGUGUACUACACAGCAGGUGCACUCACUGCCGGCCUGUUUAUUUUAAUGGCAGGGUAUUUUAAAAAACCUGAUGCCGUUAUUGGUUGUAUGUGCGUGGCGGGGGCAGCCGCUGGCACGUUAUAUGCAGGCUUCCAAGUUAACAUGUUAGAUAUCGCCCCGCGAAACGCUCCUAUUGUCAUGGGAAUUGUCAACGCUGCCAGUAAUACAGCAGGUUUCCUUAGCCCUAUGUUAGUUGGGUUUAUAACCCAUCGUAAGACUGCAGGAGAAUGGCGUACAGUUUUUUGGAUUACCUUCUUAUUCUAUCUUAUUGGUUCUAUUGUGUUUAACACGCUGAUGAAAGCAGACAGACAGAAGUGGGACAAAGUGGAGGGCGUGUCUAGGGAACCUACAGAGGGGUCCAUAACGCCUAGAUAG